GUGGCAGUGCCCCAAGUCUGUGCAUCCUGCAGCUGAGCCCUACCAAUAAAGUUAAUGUUUAUGCUGCCCGGUUACAAUAUGGCGGCUCCCAUGGAGAGAGCGUGAAUCUCUCCUGCCUGCUUCGGGUUCCUGCUGCAAGCGUCUCUGUGGCACCAAAGUUCUGGUACUUGAAGAGUUCCUAUUGCCACAGAAAUCUGCGGAUUCCUUUCUGUACUUGAACAUCAACAUUUCAUCUUCAGAGACUGCUGUCUCAGUGACAACACUGGGAAAGAAAGUAUUUUGUGGGCAUUAUCAACAAACCAUCUCUGAAGCCCUGUGUCUCCAGACAUUUACUGGGAGAAAAACCAGAUCAGACCCAGCUGCCUUGUACAUACCAAACAACUCACUGUUUCGUCUUACAAGAGUCAUGGACAGUUAUUUCCAUCUCAUUCUUCUGGGGAGAAAAAUGCCAGCCUCUUUAAGAAAACUACAGCAAAUGGCUAUUUAUCUGGGGCUGUUAAGUGGUGGGGGAUGUGCUAUGAUGUAUUAUCUUAUGCAAAAAAGUUUUGCCAGGACACAGUAUUAUCAGCUGGCUAUUGAGCAGCUUAAGAAUGACCCUGUAGCCUUGGAGGCACUGGGGGCCCCCCCUCUUAAAGUUCACAACAUCAGACUGACAGACAAGAGUAAUCGCGUUGACAUGGCCAGAGCACAGUUAAAGAUACCAGUAUCUGGAACAAAAUCAGCUGGAUAUCUCCAUACCAAUUCAGUAAAAGACCUCUCCCUUAACUGCUGGUGUCUCCGAGAUGUCACCUUGCAACUCAGGGAUGGUCAGAAUAUUCCAGUGUAUCAUUCGUGUGUGGAGAGCACCAACACACAGGAGGGGUGAAAAAGAAAGACAGCUGCUUUGCACAUCCUGUCACUUGAGGAUCUAUUGAUUGGUUGCAUAUUACUGUGUACAUUCAGCAUUGUCACAAAUGGACAAUUUCAGUUAAGUGGACAAUCUUACAGUCCAAUUAUUUCUCUAGCACUGAGCUCAGUGUUGGUAUUGUUAAUUUCAUUCUUUUUUAUUUGUGUGUAUGGCAGAAACCCAAAAUAAAGAUUUUACAGUACUAUUACUGUUCCAGAGUAUCACAUUGU